GUCCUGCCAAACCUGGCGUUGUAUAGUGAGUGUCAGCGUUCUAUUUUUUUCAACGUUAUAUUUUCAUAAAUAAAAAAAAAAGAUGAACUGUAAAGUUAUUUAUCGACGUAAAAACCCUCGUUUGAAGUUUUCUGAUAAAAUUGAUGAUGGCUUCUCAUAUCACUGUUAUAAUACUAUCCACGAUACCAGAUAUAUAAGAUGCUAUGAACGUCGAGCUCACGGUUGUCCUGCUCGGGGAAAAAUAACAAAUGAUGAACUUGAUUUAUCGAUCGUUCAUAACCAUGUAAGAAAUCCUCAGUUGCAGAAAUAUUGCAUCUUUCAAGAUGCAUUGUUUAUUGCGGCAACGGCACGCCCUUAUAGAUCCCUGAAAGUUAUAUUUGACCAUUUGAGUGUGCAAAAUCAUGAAGCAGCGUCACAAUUCACAUGGCGGAAAAUGCAGCCGCUUAUGGAAAGUUGGCGCCGCAGUGACCGACCACCUCGUCCACCGAUUCCAAGCAAUCUACAACAGUUUGCCGAUUUUUUAAACAUGCCACAGUGGGCCUAUAAUUAACUUUACUAUGAAUAAUUUUUAGUUUUAAAUAAUUCACCAGAAAUAAUAAAUAUAGUCAUAAAUUUUAACGAUUUGAGAAAAAUCUCUGCUCCAAUUUUUUAAAUGUACAUCAAUAAUAAAUUAUGAAGCAGAAAAAUUAAUUAUUUAAUUAAUAAAAUUUUACUGAAGUAAUCAUUACAGAAAAAAAAAUUAAUCAGUUGAUAAUAAAAUAAUUGCACAUUAAAUUUUUGUCAAUAAACAAUUAAAUUAUUGCACUUCAGUUUAAUGGUACGGUGUUACAAAUUUUUUUUAAUUAGUUGGAUUUAUUUUUUAAUUAAUGAACACGGGGUAAUCGAUAUUCACAAUCGAUAUA